AUAGGGACACGGUGGGGAACGACAACACCGGGUGGGACACCGGGAAUGACAACAUCGGGAGCGACACCGGUAGUGACAUCGGGACACGGCGGGAGCGGCACCGGCAGCGGCGCGGGGCCGGGGGCGUGUCCGGGGCGUGUCCGGGGCGUGUCCCGUGGGCGUGUCCCGUCCGUUGUCCCCGCCCGGGCGGUGCGGGCGCUCUCGCGCGCUCUCGCGAUACCCGUUCGAACGGGCGGCGGGCGGGCUCCCUCAGAGGGCCGGGCCCCGCCAUGCCGCUGCGGCCGCGGCUGCUCCGCACCUACUCGCGGCGCGCCGGCUACCUGCGCCCGCCGCCGCCGCCCGACCGCUGGAUCUCGCCGCCGCAGGACCGCCGGCGCCUCUUCAGCUCGACCUCCGCCGCCUCCAGCACCGCCUCCAGCGCCCUCUCCCCUUCCAGCGCCUGCUCCACCCCCUCGGACGACCCCGACUUCUCGCCGCCCGGCAAGCGCCCCCCGCAGCCGCUGGGUAAGCGCCCCGCCUGGACCGGGCGGCUGCGGGCCCGCAGGAAGCAGAAGCGGGGCCCGGCCGGGAAGGAGAACCGUAAACCGGAGCCGCGGGAGCCGGAGAGCCGGGCGCGGGGAAAGAAGAACCGGGAGGCGGCGGGGAGGAAGAAGCCGUGGAGCCGGGGCGCGGAGCCGCGGCGCUCGCUGUCCUCGCCCGGCACCGGUAGUGACACCGGGACACGGCGGGACACCGGGAACGGGACACCGGAACACGGGGCGACACUGGGAGCGACAUAGGGACACGGUGGGGAACGACAACACCGGGUGGGACACCGGGAAUGACAACAUCGGGAGCGACACCGGUAGUGACAUCGGGACACGGCGGGCUCGGCGCCCGGCGACAGCCCCCCGCCCCGCCGCCGCCGGCCCGUGCGCCUCAGCUCGCUCCUGCUCAGCACCACCAUCGAGGGCGGCUCGGGGCUGGGCGACUCCCGCUCGCAGCGCCCGCUGCCCCGCGGCUCGCCCGAGGGGUGCUCCGGGCGGCGGCACCAGGAGGUGCCCGAGUGGUUCCGAGAGCAGGGCUUGGCUCGGAGCUCAGAGCACGGGUCCCGCCGCGUUCUGAGGUCGGCGGGGCGGGGGUCCUGCCCGGCACAAGCUGCCCCGUCCCCGCUGAAAGCCCCAAGCAGUCCCCAGGAAGCGCUGCCGCCGCUGGAGGAUGAGCCUCAGCCCCCUGUGCCCUGUGACAGCGGCAGUCAUGAGGAGCCCUGUGAGGUUCCAUCUCAUCUCACGACAGAUUCAGCCAAAAGAGGCUCCAGCUGUCAGAGAGACGUAACCGAGGAGUACCAGCUUGUGCCAGUGGUUGUCCUGGACCCUCUGGAAGUGCCAAGGAGAUUGAAGAGCUUGAAACUCAACAAUGAGGCUGAUGUUCAACCCGCCUGCCUGCAGCCAGGAUCUCCCGUGGGCCGCCAAGGAAUCUCGGAGAGCAAACACAAAAGGACCAAGGGUGUCCCUGGGGAGGGCAGCACCUGCAGGAAAGCUUGCAUCAGUGGCUUCAGUGCCAGCCGCUGGGGCAGGCACACCCAGCUCAGGCCAAGAAGGCGCAAGAACAAGAGGCAGCAGCAGCCCAAUGGCUCCCUUUUCAGACUCCAGACGAGGCAAAAACGAGCUCGGAAGGGAGCUCUGGAGGUGUCUGUAGGUGUCAGAAACAAUGACUCUUCACUCCUCAAUAACUCUUAUUCCUGGGCUAGAGUUCGAGCGUCUCUGUCCUUCCAUAAAAAGAAGAAAGUGACCACAGAUGAGAGUUUCUGCAGCAGCAUCCUCUGCACCCCUUCAGGGAGAUCCCAGCUUUCGGGGUACCAAGCCAGCCUGUCUGCUGGGAAGGCUCAGGGCUGCUCCUGGUUUGCUUCCUCCAUGGUCCUGCUGGCUCCCAGGGACUCCUCCUCUGUCCUGGAGCUGCUCCUCACAGAUGCUGAGAAAGUGUUUGGAGAAUGCAACCAGGAGGGGCCUAUUGCUUUUGAGGAAUGCAUUCCUUUAAAUAAGAUGAAAGAUUGCAAGAAAAUUGGAGAAGGGGUGUUUGGAGAGGUGUUCCAGAUUGACAGCGAGAGAGGACCUGUGGCCUUAAAAAUAAUUCCCAUUGAGGGGACUGAAAAAAUAAAUGGUGAAGCUCAGAAGAGCUUUGGGGAGAUUCUGCCUGAGGUGAUAAUCUCAAAAGAGCUCAGUCUUCUGUCUGAGGGCUCUGUGAACAGAACUGUGGGGUUCAUCAGCCUCUACUCUGUGCACUGCGUCCAGGGGGCCUAUCCCAGGUACCUCCUGGAAGCCUGGGACAAAUUCCACAAAGAAACAGGCUCAGAAAACGACCGGCCAGACUUUUUUGGUCCUCAGCAGCUCUUCAUGGUGCUGGAGUUUGAGUUUGGAGGCCAGGACCUGGAGCGCAUGAGGAGCAGCUUCGCCUCGGUGGCAUCAGCCAGGAGCAUCCUGCACCAGGUGACGGCGUCCCUGGCCGUGGCAGAGCAGGAGCUGCACUUCGAGCACAGGGACCUGCACUGGGGCAACGUGCUGGUCAAAAGCACAGAGGUGAGAGAGCUGCACUACGUGCUGAACGGAGAGACACGCUGCAUCCCCACGGCUGGCAUCCACGUCAACAUCAUCGACUACACCCUGUCCCGCCUGGAGAAGGACGGGCUCACUGUCUUCUGCGACCUCUCCACGGACCUGGAGCUCUUCCAAGGCACUGGGGACCACCAGUUUGACAUCUACAGGCAGAUGAAAGAGGAGAACUCCAACAGCUGGACCGACUACCACCCGCACAGCAACGUCCUCUGGCUGCACUACCUGGCUGAUAAACUUUUGAAAGCCGUGACCUACAAGAAGAAGGCAUCAACUCCUGCCCUGAAGAAGAUCAGGAUGCAGCUCAGCAAGUUCCACAAGGAAGUGCUGACCUUUGGGUCUGCCCAUGAUGUUCUGCACCACAGCAGCCUCUUCCAGUGAGCAGGGGUCCAGGGACUGAGCCACUGGUGCUGCCUUUCUCCUCUGCUUUUUGUAUGUGUUGGCACAAUGAAGUGCUUUGAUUGGCUCCCAGUAUUUUUAGUGUCCUAAAAGAUCCCCUCCAAUGUCUUCUGCUCUGAGAUGUUUCCAUACCUGCUGGUUUUGAGGGGUGCUGGAGGGGAGACAACAGAGCUGACUUUGGAGAAAGGAGGGGAAAAGAGACUUCUUCAGGCUCAGUUAAUGCUCUGAAUUUCACAUAAAUGUUCUUACCAUUUUAGCCUUAGAUUAUUGCAAGUUCUUUUCUUACUAUAUUGUCUUUUUUACAGAUUCUUUUUUUAAAGAUAAAAACUCUUCAGUUCUGGACAGUGAGGACAAGGCUUGAAUAUUGUUGGCUCACUGGAGACAGAAAGGAAGAUCCAUCUUUUGAUUUAAUUUUGGCAGAAUUUAUACCUGGAAUGAAAGUAUAAAAUGUAAAUAUGUAAAGUUUCUGUAAAGGGUUUUAGACCCACUAAUCUGGUUUCUUUUUCCCCCUUUCUUAAGGACCAAGGAAGAGGUACCUGAUUGUGAAAAAAAGAAGACAAAGUAGCUGUGUUCCUCAUUUUUAAUGGUUAUAAUGUUGUGUACACUGAUAGCAACUCAAAUCUGUAACCUGGUGGUAGCACUUGAAGCAAUUUCAUCCUUUAUCUACAGAAGAAAAUGCCCAAGGUAAUAAAUGUUCUUUAGUCCUGACUGCAGGUGGACCAGGUGCCCUAAACUGGAGGCUCUUACAUUAAAUCCCAAUUCCCUGUUUUCAAGAAGUCCUUUGCUAACAUUCUUGUUUAUUAAAGAAACUGGGCUAAAGAGAACAAUAAAUCAAACUGAAGUGAAAAGUGAAUUAAAUUCUGAUCCAAUGACACAGAUGCAUUAAGAAAUUAAGUGGCAGCAUCAUCAAAUUCAUUGUAACUGCAAUGCUCUCCAUGCAGUCCAGAGAAUAAAUGUUGAAUAUUGCAUCUUAAAGAUUCAUCUUGGACCCUCUCUUGAAAUCUCCUUUUUACAAACCCAGCGAGGAGACCCUGGGGUGGUUUUAUUGUUCUGCCUUCCAGACACUGCAGAAAGUGACCUGACAAUCUGCAGUGCUGCAAAUUAUUAAGAUGGAAAUUGUGCUGGAAUAUUCCCAGGCAUCCUCUCAGCCUUUUUUUUUUUUUCCUUUAAUUGAAUAAAGUCAUGCACUGUAAUUGAAUGGUCUUAAAACCCACUUGGUAAGGCCUGCAGUGGAUGCUCAUCUGACAUCAAGGAGUGUUCCUCAGUCACAAUGGUGCUAAUUUCAUUUAUGCUUUAAAAGAAAAAAAAGGAUGGAUGAAACCAUGUUAUUUUUGCCUGUCUUGGUGCUUUGUUUCUGAUUUGAGAACUGAUUUUGGCUGUACUGGAGGGAUGGGGCAUUGGCAGGAAUUAAUGCCAGGAGAGGUGACAGCCCCCAGGAGGACCUGGUGCAGUAAUUUGGAGAUUCUGAAAGCUGAAACCUCAGAAUGUUUCCCUGCAAACCAAUUUGCUGAUUUGUGAACAUGUAGUAAUUUUCAUUAAUCAAAAUGUAAAGCUUCUACCUCCCCCCAAAACUGGACAUGAAAUUGAUAUAAAAACCUUUGCUUUAAACUGUGCUUGCAAGGAAGUGCAGCUGCCAGAGCUGAGUCCUCAUUUCCUUUUUUAAAGAUGCUCUUUGAUUAAAAAAAAACACAGAAAAAAA